AUGGCGAGGGAUCUGAUCGGGCCAGCCCUUCCGCCCGGCUUCAAGGCCCCCGGGGCAGCGGGGGACGAGGAGCGGGACCCCAGCCCUGUUGCAGGACCAGCUCUGCCCCCUAAUUAUAAAAGCAGUAGUUCAGAGUCAUCAGACAGCGAUGAGGACAGUAAUUCUUUGUACGGAGAAGGAAACCAAGAAUCUGAAGAAGAUGACACUGGUCCACCUGCAAGGAAACAGAGGAUAAAUCAAGAUGAUGAUGAUGAUGAUGAUGAUGAAGGAUUUUUUGGACCAGCCCUUCCUCCUGGAUUUAAAAAGCAGGAUGAUUCUCCUCCGAGGCCCAUAAUAGGUCCUGCAUUACCACCUGGUUUUAUUAAAUCUGCACAGAAAAGUGACAAAGGCAGAGAUGAUCCAGGGCACCAAGAAACGGAUAGCAGUGAAGAUGAGGACAUUGUUGGACCAAUGCCUGCAAAAGGACCACUUAACUAUAGUGUAACAGCAGAGUUUGAUAAAAGAGCCCAGAGAAUGAAAGAAAAACUGACUAAAGGAGAUGAUGAUGCAGCUAAACCAAUUACAAGGGAGUCCUGGAUGACUGAGCUUCCUCCGGAAUUGAAAGACUUUGGUCUUGGGCCCAGAACUUUUAAGAGAAGAACCGAUGUCAAAUCUGGAGAUCGAUCAGUGUGGACAGAUACUCCGGCUGACAGAGAAAGGAAAGCCAAGGAGACAAAAGAAGCAAAGAAGUCAUUCAAUAAGAAGGAUGAAGAACAUAUAUUGUCAGGAAGGGAAAAGAGAUUGGCUGAGCAGGUGUCCUCAUACAAUGAAUCAAAAAGAUCAGAAUCUCUUAUGGACAUUCAUCAAAAAAAACUAAAAAAUAAGGCUGCUGAAGAUAAAAAUAAGCCCCAAGAAAGAAUACCAUUUGACCGUGAUAAGGAUCUCAAGGUGCAUCGAUUUGAUGAAGCUCAGAAAAAAGCCCUAAUAAGAAAAUCUAGGGAACUAAACACCAAAUUUUCACAUGGCAAGGGCAGUAUGUUUUUAUAA